AUGACAAAAUUAUCACCGGAAAUAAGAGUUACUAGUCUUGUUAAUCAGCAUAAUCAUGUUUUGUUGCCUGAUACGGCUUUAUAUGAUCCCAAGUGUCACAAAUUAUCAAAUGAAAUAAUAGAAAAAAUCAAGUUUUAUGUAACUAAAGGAAAUAUGGGUUCAAAACAGAUAUAUCCUUUAUUGGUUGCAAAUUUUCCAGAACAGUUUAUCUGCAAGAAGGACCUUUAUAACACUAUUCAAAAAUUUAAAGCACUUUAUGCCCAAUGUCAGGGUGAUGUACAGCAUAUAAUUAAUAAAUUGUUAAUGUUGAAAGACCAAGAGCCUGGUUGGAUUAUUAAUACAAGGCUUGACCCAUUUGAUAACCGACUUGUUAGUUUAUUUUAG